AUGCCUCUCGUUCCAAUGAUGCGAUGCCCGAAGUACGGUGCUUCAAAGGCCGCCUUGCACCAUUUCAUUCUCGCGCUGCACACUCAAUUGCAGGAUGGGCAUCUUCUUGGGAUGUGCUUGCAGGAGUUUGUUGAUGAGGUUUGGAGUCGCUUGAUACAGGGUGAAGAGCCGAUUCCUGUUGGGUCUGCUCCAGAUAUUUUUAAUGCGUUUGAGGUGAAGAGGUAG